GGGAUUUAACACCGAGACACCUGUCUGAAAAAAAAGGGAAAUUGUCCCCAAAAGUGGGUGAAGGUUCAUGGACAAUUAUAGCACCUGGACUUCGCUCUGCUGUCCCAGCCCCUCCUGCCCUGCUUGGCAAGGGAGCACAAAAACAUGUGGCUAAUGAGUUACGGGUCCAUCACAGCCUGCCGGCCCCAAUCAGGGACAUUUUGCAAUCCAGGACUUUAUUUCUGUGCAGUUGGAGUUUAAACUUUGCCACUGUGGUCAGGGCAUCACACAGGAGGAGGAGGAGGAGGAAGAGGAGGCUGGACUUGGUGUCCACCUCAGAGCUCAGAGAGGGUUGAGAGGACAAUCCAUGGGAUCUCACCCAGCCAUGGCCUCCAGUGUGGGCAGCCUGGACAGCCUGGACCUGCUGGACCUUCUGUUCGACCGGCAGGACGGGAUCCUGCGCGAGGUGGAGCUGGGAACGCCGCCGGGAGCCUGGCACGAGGGCAGGCAUGCCCAGGACAGCGAGGACUUCCUCAGCUCCAUCCUGGGCUCCGGGGAUUCGGUGUCGGACUCGCCCAGCUGCUCCCCGGCCACCAGCGACAGUGGGGUCUCCGAGGACCCCCCCUCGGACCAGCACGACAGCCCCCCCAGGUGCUGUGACGGGGGUCCCCCAGAGGUCCUGUACCCCUACACCAACCCCUGCCGGGCUCAGCCCAUCCCAGCAGGGUCUGGGGUCCUGCAGCCCGAGGUCUCCAUCGACCUGGACAUGUGGCACCCCGGGUUCUUCCUGGAAGAGAGCCAGGACCUGCCCGUGGUGUCCCCGCCACCGUCCUGCGCCCUCACCGUCAAGGACCUGCUGCUCUCAGGCAGCUCUGACAACCAGCCACAGGCUCCUGGCUCCCUGCUCCGGCCAAACCAGGGCCCCUUCCAGGAGCUGGUGCUGACGGAGGACGAGAAGAAGCUGCUGGCCAAGGAGGGGGUGACCCUGCCCACACAGCUGCCCCUCACCAAGUACGAGGAGCGGGUGCUGAAGAAGAUCCGGCGGAAGAUCCGGAACAAGCAGUCGGCUCAGGAGAGCCGCAAGAAGAAGAAGGAAUAUAUCGAUGGGCUGGAGAGCAGGAUGUCGGCGUGCACGGCCCAGAACCAGGAGCUGCAGAGGAAAGUCCUGCACCUGGAGAAGCAGAACUCGUCCCUCCUGGAGCAGCUGAAGAAGCUCCAGGCCCUCGUGGUACAGUCGAGCAACAAGGCGGCGCAGACGGGAACGUGCCUGGCGGUCCUUCUGCUCUCCUUCACCCUCAUCGUCUUCCCCUCCAUCAGCCCCUUCGCCCCCAGCAAGGCCGAGCCCAACGGAGACUUCAGGCCGGUGCGAGUUUUCUCCAGGUCGCUGCACAACGCGGCCGCCUCCCGCGUGGUUCACAGCCAGCCCCAGCCCGGGGACGAGAAGCCCCGGGAGCCCCUGUGGUCGGAGCACCUGCAGGAGGCCCCCGAGACCCUGCACGGAGCUUUCAGUGGCCACACACACCUGGACAAAGUGUCCCUCAGGAACGACACACCCACACCGGCACAGGCCCCCGAGGGGCUGAGCGGUGGGGCUGGGGGUGGCACCCACGCCGUGCCAGGGGACAGCCCCGCGUCCCAGCAGAGCCCGGCAGGGCUGGCCUGGGCCAAAGCUGGGCACGGCCAUCCCGCCGGGCUGGAGCCGGAGGAGGAGCUUUAGCAGCACACCCAGGGACCACGGGGGACGCCACGGGGUGACACAGCACCUCAGCCCCUCCGGGACCAGCCCUCGGGGUGAGCCCUGCAGGACGUGCCUCCAGCUGCUGGACCCGCUGGGCUUUGCUUGUGACUGUGAAGUGGGAAGGGGAGGCUGCUUCCCACUGGCCUUACUGGGAGGGAAGGGGCUGCUCCUGCCCCCUGGGUGCAGUGGAAGUUGUGGAAGGGAUGAGGGGUCGCUCAGGAUGGGGCUGAGGGAGCAGGAGGGGCCCUGGGCUGCUUGGUUCUGCUGAUGGUGCAACUGGUUGGUUUUGUUCUUGGGUUUGGUUUGGGUUUGU